UGUUCCUUCCCCCUUGUUAUUAAUGUUAAUUCUGUUAAGUAUCUGGUCACAAUUUACCUUUUUAGGGAAGACUGAAGCAAAAUAGGCAGCAAACACCUCAGGCAUCUUGAGCUCGUCCAUCAGUAGCUCUCCUUGCCUUUUAUGCCUCUUGCUGGGGUAACUCAUGUUCUCCCUACAUGCUUGUGCUGUUGGGUUUUUUUUGUGCUCCUCCUUAGCAAUUUGUCCAUGUUUCCACUUCCUGUAGAUCUCUUUUUGGUUUUCAGGUCAUUCAAGAGCCCCUGAUGCAGCCAGACUGGCCUCCGACUAGUCUUCCUGCCUUUCCUUUGCAGCGGGAUAGUUGGUUGUUGCACCUGUAAUACUGUCUCUGAGAAACUGCCAGCUCUCUGGAAUUCCUUUUCAUUUUGAUUUUCUUCCCAUGGGACCUCACCUACCAGUUCUCUGAGUUGGUUAAAGUGUGCGUUUUUGUAAUCCACUGUCCUUAUUCUGCUCUCAAACCUUCCUUAGACUCGUGACAUCUGUCAUUUCAUGGUCAUUUUCACCCAAAUUGCCUUCAACCUUCAGACUCACUACCACUGCCUCCCUGUUGGUCAGGAUCAAGUCUAAAAUGACGGUCCCCCUGGUUACAUCCUGCCCCUUCUGAAACCAGUUGUUAGCCCCAGGACAUUCCAAGAACUUAUUGGGCAGUUUGUGUUUUGCUGUAUUACAUUUCCAGCAGAUGUCUGGGCAGGGCAAGUGCCCCAACUACUAGUUCUUGUGUUUGGGAUAUUUCUGUUUGUGCUAGAAAUGCCUCACCCACCUCCUCUUACUAAUUGGGUCCCUACUGACGUCACCCCUAUUUCUUCACCCAGAGCCUGUCACCUGCUCUGCCUCUCACCCAGCCCUCAAAACAGGGUAUAUGUUCUUGGCAUGUAAUGCAGCCCCCCCCCCUUUCCCAUGUUUGUCCUUCUGAACAGGCUGCCCCCCUCCACACCAAUGUUCCAGGCAGGAGACUUCUCCUCCUUCCCAGUGAUGGCACUGAAGUCAAAACCCCAGGGAGCAGUUUGCUCCAGGUGCUGCGCUGGCAGCCAGAGCAGGGACUUUCCAGUGUGGAUUUUGACUAAUCCUUGGGGGACUUCAGCCAGAGGAAACCACCUGCUGUGCCAGUCCUGCUACAGACUCAUGUAAAAUGGGACAAUCAGCUGGGUCAGUUAAACUGCCACCCCGGGGAUUCCAGUCCGCUGCUUGGUACAAAGUGAGACCCGUCUCCGUCCACCUGCACCUCCAGCUCUCGCAUGCAGGAGGCUCCAACUGCCUGGUCAGAGGAAAGGGAUCCAUUCCCCCUGCACCGUACGGGGGGCAGGGGCAGUGCGUGGAGCCUCAGUCUGCCCAAGGUUCUGGUCAAACCCAAUGAAAUUCCAGCAGGGAGCAGGCGAGAGGCUCCUACCCCUCCCUAGGGAAGACCCCCAGCACCCUCGGGGGAGCACACAGGCCUUUGCAGGGUUCUUUUCUGUCAUAGAAGUAGGUGGCUUUUGUAGUGAUUUUAUUCUCCCAGCUGGCCAGGUCCCCUAAAGCCCUGCUCUGGUUUAGCAGCAGAGGUCAGAAAGUGUCAUCUCCCAGCAUAAUCUGUCCUUAAAACCCUUGCUGGCUGGUCGUGUAGCCAGGGCCUACACGUGUUAGCUUCCAGCCAUGGCUACAUCUGCUCCAGUCACAGCUCUGACACGCCCUGUUGCACCAACUCCUGCCUAAUGUGUUUGUCCUUGAAUUCUGCUACUGCUCAUGCACUGGACUUUGACAGGUGCAAAUCGUUGAUUUCACAGGCACCCCCAUGGACACCUCCCCCUCUGGAGGGGCCCCAAGGAGUGCUGGGGUGGUAAAGCACUGGCACCAAAGGGGGCUCGUUCCCCUCUCCUACCCCAAAAGGCUGAACUGGUUCUGCUGCCAGUUCUCGACAGACUGGGCCGGCCGAGCCCAGCUCUGGAGAAUUUCAGCCCCAAGGGUCAGAGUUUGAGAGGCUCAUGGAAGGCGACGCUAAUCCAAGAGCUGGAAGCUGUGCAGGGCCCGGGGCUCGCUUAUCUCUGUAACUUCCCCUCACACACCUGGCUCUGGGGCGGUUCACUUUGUGCCUCCAGCAGCCGAGGCUGCGUGCCAAGAACCUGGCUCCCUGCACUUCACUCGCGUGGGAGGUGAAAGCCACUUUCUAGUCUGGGUGCUGUGCUCAGGGGAUGAACAGCCCAGGCACCCCGGCUGCCUCCGCCACCCUGCUCGGGCCCAGGAGCCAGGAGGACUUGGCCCAAGCCAGCAACGCUCUGUAACCUUCGGGGCUGCUCCGGAGCAGAGCCUGCAUGUGGCUACGAGAAACAGAACUGCAGGCAGCUCCAGGUCUCACUCCGGCGUGGAGAUGCCAGUGAGCUUUACCACGGCCCUUCGUGUUUUUGGUACCAGCCUCUUCGCCUUGGUGGUGCUGGGAGGCAUCCUUGCAGCCUACAUCACUGGCUACCAGUUCAUCCACACCGAGAAGCACUACCUCUCCUUCGGCCUGUAUGGUGCCAUCCUGGGCCUGCACCUCUUCAUCCAGAGCCUCUUUGCCUUCCUGGAGCACCGUCACAUGCGGCUUGAGGGGCGGCCCCUGAAGUUGCAGCGCUCCGUGGCGCUCUGCAUCGCUGCCUACCAGGAGGAUCCCGACUACCUGAAGAAAUGCCUGCACUCGGUGAAGCGUAUCUCCUUCCCCGACCUCCAGGUGGUGAUGGUGGUGGAUGGCAAUGGCCAGGAUGACACCUACAUGCUGGAGAUCUUCAAUGAGAUCCUGGGCUCCGAGAAAACAGGCUGCUACGUCUGGAAGAGCAACUUCCAUGAGAGGGGCGAGGGGGAGACGGACAGCAGCCUCCAGGAGAGCAUGGGGCACAUCCAGCAGCUGGUGCGGAACAGCACCUACUCCUGCAUCUUGCAGAAGUGGGGGGGGAAGCGCGAGGUGAUGUACACAGCCUUCCAAGCACUCGGGGACUCCGUGGACUACAUCCAGGUGUGUGACUCAGACACGGUCCUGGAUCCAGCCUGCACGGUGGAGAUGCUGCGCAUUUUAGAGGAGGAUCCACGAGUGGGCGCAGUUGGUGGAGACGUUCAGAUCCUCAAUAAAUACGACUCGUGGAUCUCCUUCCUGAGCAGCGUGCGGUACUGGAUGGCCUUCAACGUGGAGCGGGCCUGCCAGUCCUACUUUGGCUGCGUCCAGUGCAUCAGUGGCCCCCUGGGCAUGUACCGUAACACCCUCCUGCAGCAGUUCCUGGAGGACUGGUACAAUCAGAAGUUUCUUGGCAGCAAGUGCAGCUUUGGGGAUGACAGACACCUCACCAACCGUGUCCUGAGCCUGGGGUAUAGGACUAAGUACACUGCCCGUUCCAAGUGCCUGACUGAGACUCCCACCAAAUACCUCCGCUGGCUCAACCAGCAGACUCGCUGGAGCAAGUCCUACUUCAGGGAGUGGCUCUACAACGCCUUGUGGUUCCACAAGCACCACCUCUGGAUGACCUACGAGUCCGUGGUGACUGGCUUCUUCCCCUUCUUCCUCAUUGCCACGGUCAUCCAGCUCUUCUACCGUGGCCGCAUCUGGAAUAUCCUUCUCUUCCUCCUGACUGUGCAGCUGGUGGGGAUCAUCAAGGCCACCUACGCCUGCUUCCUCCGGGGCAAUGCGGAGAUGAUCUUUAUGUCCCUCUACUCCCUGCUCUAUAUGUCCAGCCUCCUGCCAGCCAAAAUGUUCGCCAUCGCCACCAUCAACAAGUCAGGUUGGGGCACCUCUGGCCGCAAAACCAUUGUGGUCAACUUCAUUGGCCUCAUCCCGGUUUCUGUGUGGGUCGCUGUCCUGCUUGGAGGCCUGGCCUACACGGCAUACUGCCAGGACCUCUUCAGUGAGACGGACCUGGCCUUCCUCAUCUCUGGCGCUAUAUUGUACGGCUGCUACUGGAUGGGCCUCCUCAUGCUCUACAUGGCCAUCAUUGCCCGGCGCUGUGGGAAGCGGCAGGAGCAGAGCAGCCUGGCUUUUGCCGAGGUGUGACAGGCGGAGGGGCUCUGGAUGGAGUGGGGAAAGUGCAAUGGGAAAGGAUUAGUGCUGCUGCCAUGCACUAUUCGGGGGCAGCUGCGGGUCGGGGUGGGGAGGAGACAGGAUUUUAUUUGUGGGGUUUUAAAUUGCUGUCCAAGGAGCGAGUUCCUGGGCUACUGAGUCUGAAUGCUGCCCGAGGACAGGCUGCUUGUUGCCCAGCAGAGAACGCUCCAGGUAGCCUGGGCCACGCACAUCUGCCCGCAGGUGCGAUGACGAUGGCUCCUGUGAAGAUUCCUGUCUGCCACUGCCAGGGCCCAAAAUCCUGCUGUGGGAGCUGCACUGAGCUCCACUGGUGUGGGAGAGGCCCUGGGCCGGAGGCAGGACAGUAGGCAUUGCCUGCAGACUCCAACCUGAGCAAUAAUGCUCCACGGGACGCCUGAGUCCCAGGAGCCAGUGAGGGUGCUCUGCGCCCCCUGCCCUCCAGUAGGGAUGGGAGCGCUCGUGGAAAUGAAUUCAUACGUCAAAAGAAUCCAAGUUUGCAAACUCUUUGUCCUGCCCUGUAGGUGACACAGUAAGUUGGCUGCAAUGUGUGCCCCUGGAGCCUGGGGACUUGAUUCCUGCCUGGGGCCCGCAAAAGAGACUGAGAGGGGCACUGCUUAGCCAGAGCCAGGGCCUGCUCCGAGCUGGGUUUGGCCAGGCCUUGUGCCUCUUUGGUGCUGGUCCAUAAACUCUGGCAGUGGGGACUGGCCUACAGGAGUCAGGGUUCACGAGGUCCGAGGCAGAUAUAGUGAACGCUCCCCUCCUCCCGGGAAGGAAUGCCCCAAGGUCUCUGCAGGCAGAGCUGUGCUUGGCAGGCCGUGAGCUCCCUCCCUCUUGUGCUUUAGUGUCCAGACACUGGAUUCCCUGUCAGUCUUGCAUUCUCCCCAGCAGGAAAAUGGUCCAUAAAUAUUCAAUUUAUUUAAAUGGGCAGAAAUCUCCCCCCCUCCGCACACAGGACUGGCUGCCUGUGGAUUUAAUGCUGUGAACUAGGGAGGGUUCUCUGUGGCUUUGUGCUGGGCAGGGUGGGCUCCUAAUGCUAUGGUGCUUUGCUAAGGACACUGCAGUCCUUUCCCUGGUGCAGUGAAGGGAUGUCUCCAACUUGACAACAUGAGAGUUUCCAAGGCAGGGGGAAGGAUCCUCCCCUGUGAGGGCCCAGAUGGCAGCAGUUGGGCUGCCUGAACUGGACCAUUCUUCGCUGUUCUGAAGUGGCUUCCUCAGUCAGGUAUCACAGCCUUUUCCUUGAGCCACUGGAAAACUUGAACGCUCCUGGCCUACCGCAGGGAUCUGCUGCAUGUCUGUGUGGCCAAGCUGCCUCCAGGGCUCCCCCAUGGCUCCUUCUGAUCCAAAUCCCUGGGCAUGAGGGCAGCGUACGCCCACGGUGCUGAUGGUGGUAUGAGCUGCUGCUCCUCUGUCCCCUCUGCCCGCUUUGCCACUGAUCUCCAGGCAGCUUUUCGGUCUCAUUCCACACAGUGGGGCUGCGCCCUGGGGUCACUGCAAGAGGGCAGUGGUGCACGCUCUGCCCAGCCCAUGGCCUGGCUUGUCUGUUCCUCAAAGGCUGAGGCAGUACGGCUCCAGCUUUAGUCUUUCCUGUGCUCAAAGGAACAUCCCCACAACUGCCAGACCAGCAGC